UUACACAAAUUCACUCAAUACUAGGGUUUUGAGACAAAUUUCUGCAAAUACCUCUUUUCCGAAACCCCUCAAAUUCACCAUGAAAUCACAAACCAAAGAGUCCAAAUUAACCCCAUCACAAUUCUCCUUCACAAUCACCAAAAUCGCAGUGUCACAAGUCUGCCAAUCCGUGGGCUUCAAAGCCACCCAAACCUCAGCCUUGGAAACCUUCACCGACAUCGCCGCCAGGUACCUCCGUGCCCUGGCCAACUCCGCCGCCGCCUCCGCCAACUACGCUGGGCGUACUCAGUGGAGCCUCCUCGAUAUCGUCCAUGCCCUCGAAGAGUUAAAUUCUGUCCAGGGGUUUCGUGGGGCAUCUAAUGUAAAGCUUAUGCUAUACGAUUCAUCCACUUUGAUUGACAUAAUGAAAUUUGUGGAGUACACUGAUGAAAUCCCAUUUGCUAAGCCAAUUCCUAGGCAUAAUUUUUUGUCCAGAAAAAUGGGUUCGCCGCCAUGUUUAAGCAGCUUGAAGGAGGGUAGUGGUAGUGGUAGUGGUAGUGGUAGUGGUAGUGGUAGUGGUAGGUUGAGUCACAUUCCAGAGUGGUUGCCUGCUUUUCCGGUGGGGGUUGGUGGUGAGAGGGGUCAGAAGGAGGAUAAUGAAGGGGAGAAAUGGGGUUUGGUGUCAAGUAGGGGUUGUGAGAGGGUGGUGGAGAAAGAAGGGAAGAUGGAGUUGCCGGAGAGGAGAGAGAGGGUGAGGUUUAGGAUCGGUGAGGGUGAGGUUUAGGAUCGGUAAGGGUGAAAAUGGAGCAGGAGAUGUGGGUUUUGUUGUGGAUUUGAGAAGUCGGGUUUGCAGAGGUGUGAAAGAGAGUUUCAUGUCAAAAUUGGAGUGGUGAUGAUGAAGAUGGAACUAAAAGUAGGCCUCAAGAGGCCAAGAUAAUGACUUCGAUGAUAAAGGCAGGGGUGGGGUUCCAAUUUGUGGUGUGCACAAGCACACCACAAAUUGAGAGGUAUCUUCGCCAAUAUAUCAAAAUGAGAGGAAAUUUGACGUUU